AUGUCUGCGAAAUGGCGAGCUCUACAGCAUCGCCAUCGCUACACGUACAGCGCUGUCAUUUUUCCUCAAUACUUCACAGAAGCAUUGAAUCAAACACCUGUAGACCCAUCUACUUCCAACUACUACUCAGAACUAAAAGAACUCAUUUCUCUCAAUUCGAUAUAUUCCCAAGUCAAUCACGUCAAAAGAGUAGCUUCAGCUUUUGAAAACUUACAAAGUACUGCCGGCGACGAUUCCAUUUCGAUGGCCGCGAAGUUUUACUUGGAAAUUCUUUUUCUCGAGAAUUCAAUGCCUUUACAUAAAGCUAUGGUUGCUGUUCUAGCAAAAUGUAAAAAUUCUCAAUGUUCAAUUGGGAAUUGUUUCCGGUUACUUUGUGAGGAAUAUGGUGGUGCUAAUGCGAAAGAGAAAGGAAAUAGGUUUUGUGUUUCACGAGUGGCGUUAUCGAUGAUGAGUUCACCUAAGUUGGGGUACUUGGUGGAGAUCGUCAUGGAAUGUGCGGUUUUGGUGGGUAUAGAUAUAGUUGUUGGACUAAAUUCUGUGGUCUCGGAGACUAAUGACUGGUCUAGGCCUUCGCCAGUAGUUAUGGAACAGUGUCAAGAGGCUCUGUCUUGUAUGUACUAUUUGCUGCAACGUUUUCCGUUGAAGUUCAGUGAUUUGAGUGGUUUUCAGAAUAAUUUAAUCCCUGCAAAUUCAAGUGUUUUGGAGAUGAUUGUGAGUACCAUUUUGAGCAUAUUGCAAUCCAUGGCAUUUUCUAGGGACUGUUUAGUGGCUGCAGGUGUGGGUUUUUGUGCAGCCUUACAAGCUUGUCUCAGUCCUGAGGAGCUUGGUUUGGUAAUCAUGGAAAGGAUUUUUUAUCAAAAAGUUGUUAGUUUCAAGAGCGAAGUUGGGGAUGCAAUAUUGAAAGUUCCAUUUAAGGGGGACUUGGUUUCAGAAAUCCACAAUUUAUCUGAACUAAGUAGACUUUGCUUGGUGAGAGGAAUUCUGACAGCAGUAUCAAGAGCAGUGCUAAACACCCAUUUUGCUGUAUCAACUCAUGGAGAUAGUAGUAGUAGCUCAGUUCAGACAAUACUUUAUGAUGGGAUUUUGCUUGAGCUGUGUAACUAUUGUGAGAACCCAAGUGAUAGUCAUUUUAACUUCCAUGCACUAACUGUGAUGCAGAUAUGCUUGCAACAGAUAAAGACAUUGAUACAAGGUAAUCCUGGUGAAGCCACAGAAAAUUAUGAUCCAAUGUCAGAGGACAUGGUGCCUCGGAUAUUGCGAAUAAUAUGGAAUAACCUGGAAGAUCCUCUUAGUCAGACUGUCAAACAAGUUCAUCUCAUUUUUGAUAUCUUCUUGGAUAUUCAUUCUAGCCUGAAUUUGGCAGAAGGUAGUGAGAGAAUUAAGUUAUUCCUUUGGAAGAUUGCAUCUGAUCUUCUUCGCCUGGGACCACGUUGCAAGGGCAGAUAUGUUCCUUUGGCUUCCAUGACAAAGAGGUUGGGAGCAAAGACUAUUCUAAAUAUGAGUCCUGACUUGCUUUUUGAAACAACGCAGGCAUAUAUUGACGAUGACGUGUGUUGUGCGGUCACAACAUUUCUAAAGUGUUUUCUUGAAUGCUUGCGUGAUGAGUGUUGGAAUAGUGAUGGCAUUCAAAUUGGGUAUACAAAGUAUCGAAGUCAUUGCUUGCCUCCCUUCUCGUAUGGACUUGCUUCUGGAGUUUCAAAGCUCCGAUCAAAUUUGAAUACUUAUGCUUUGCCCGUGUUACUUGAAGUGGAUGUGGAUAGCAUAUUUCCAAUGCUUGCUUUUGGUGGAGUUGGGCAUGGUGGAGACGACUCUGAACUUGUUUAUUCUGAGCUCAGUUGCAGAGAUGUAACUCUGAGAGUUGAACAGCAAGUGGCUCUUUUAGUUUCUCUGCUCAAGGUUUCUCGCUUGCUUGCUUUGAUUGAAGGAGACAUUGAUUGGUGUGAGAAAUCUUCAGUACCCAAGGAAGAUAUAGGGAUGAAAAGUAGAAAUACUGAUCAAUAUGCUGUUGUCUGCGUAAAGGGGAUCGAGGUUAAAGUCCUGGUCAAGUGGCUAGUACUGGCACUGACCCAUGUUGAUGAUUCCCUCCGUAUAGAUGCAGCAGAAUCUCUAUUCCUAAACCCUAAGACAUCCAGUCUGCCAUCGUCUUUGGAGCUCAUAUUGAUGAAAGAAGCAGUGCCUUUGAACAUGAGGUGUUGCUCAACUGCUUUUCAGAUGAAGUGGGCCAGCUUGUUUAGAAAGUUUUUUUCUCGGGUGCGGACAGCCUUGGAGAGACAAAUUAAGCAAGGAAGCUGGCUACCACUUGCAUUUGAAGGCAAUAAUAAAGUCUUUGCCCCUAAAGAGGAAUCUGUAGUUAACAGAGCCGAUGAUCUCUUUCACUUUAUGAAGUGGUUGAGUUGCUUUUUGUUUUUCUCAUGCUAUCCUUCUGCUCCAUAUGAGAGAAAAAUAAUGGCUAUGGAGCUCAUAUUGAUAAUGCUAAAUGUUUGGUCUAUUUUACCUCAUUCACAGGGAAAGUGUGAUUCUGUUUCUUCUGAAAUCAUUCUCAAUCCGUAUGGUAAAGGAUUUACUUUUCCUGAUUCAACUCUGCUGUUGGUCGGUUCAAUUAUUGAUAGUUGGGACAGACUGAGACAGAGUUCUUUUCGCAUACUCUUGCAUUUUCCUACCCCACUUCCUGGCAUUUCAAGCCCAGACAUGGUGCGAGAAAUAAUCAUAUGGGCCAAGAACUUAGUUUGUAGUCCACGUGUUAGAGAAAGUGAUGCUGGAGCUCUGAUGUUACGGCUUAUAUUUAGGAAAUAUGUCGUGGAGCUCGGGUGGAUUGUCAGAGUUUCAUGUAAUGUUGUUAUUUUUCAUCCACAGUCCCAACUUCUUAAUGAGGAUUAUCCAACUUGUACAUCUAUCUCUCCAGCAAUUGAAUACGUAAGAUCACUAAUCGAUUGGUUGCAUGGUGCUGUGGAGGAAGGAGAGAAGGAUCUUGCUGAAGCGUGCAAGAACAGCUUUGUUCAUGGUGUAUUGCUUACUCUUCGUUAUACAUUUGAGGAACUGGAUUGGAAUUCUAGGGCAGUUUUGUGCAGUAUUUCUGAUAUGAAACAUUCGAUGGAGAAGCUUUUGGAGUUGGUCAUGCGAAUAACUUCAAUGGCUCUUUGGGUGGUUUCUGCAGAUGCAUUGUACUUACCUGAGGACAUGGAUGACAUCGUGGAUGAUGAUGCCUUUUCACUGGAGGUCCCAGAUGUGAUGGAUGAUUCUGUGCCUGCAUCAGAGCAUGAGAUUAAAAAUGCAAAACUUGUGCAGGAUGUUGGACCAUCAGAGCAGAUUGUUAUGGUUGGUUGCUGGCUUGCAAUGAAAGAGGUGAGUCUUCUCCUGGGUACAAUCAUCAGAAAAAUUCCUUUGCCUACUUCAGAUAAAUCAAAGUCAGAGCCUACUUCAGACAAAUCAAAGUCUGAGGGCCGAAUUUCUGAUUCCAUUUGUGUCACAGCCAUAACAUCUGAUGUAAUGCUCGAAUUAACACAACUUGAGACCAUUGGAAACCACUUCUUGGAAGUCCUUCUGAAAAUGAAGCAUAAUGGUGCAAUUGAUAAGACAAGGGCUGGAUUUACCGCCCUUUGCAACCGCUUACUUUGUUCAAACGAUCCAAGACUUUGUAAACUAACAGAAUCUUGGAUGGAGCAACUAAUGGCAAGAACAGUGGUCAAGGGACAAAAAGUGGAUGACCUACUAAGGAGAAGUGCAGGUAUUCCUGCUGCAUUCACUGCUUUUUUUCUCUCGGAGCCAGAAGGUACACCAAAGAGGCUUCUCCCAAGGGCACUAAGAUGGCUGGUAGAUGUGGCUAACAAUUUUUUGAUAGCUCAGAGUGAAAUGAACUGGUCAGACAGUGUGUUGUCCCAUGGUUUUUCAACAGUGUCAAACCAAGCAACUGUUUCCACACUGCAACCUGAGAUGGAUAUGAAUGAAAGGAUCUCAAAGAUUCGAGAUGAGGGUGUCGUUCCCACCGUGCAUGCGUUCAAUGUCCUGAGAGCAGCUUUCAAUGAUACCAACCUGGCAACUGAUACAUCAAGUUUUUCUGCUGAGGCCUUGAUUAUCUCAAUUCGCUCUUUCUCUUCUUCGUACUGGGAGGUGCGGAACAGUGCUUGUCUUGCAUACACUGCCUUGGUUCGUCGCAUGAUUGGGUUUCUUAACGUACAGAAGCGAGAAUCUGCAAGGCGGGCAUUAACUGGGCUUGAAUUUUUUCAUAGGUACCCCUCAUUGCAUCCCUUCUUAUGUAAUGAACUGAAAGUUGCAACUGAUUUGCUUAAAGAUGGCCCCUCUGAACAUUUAGAAUCCAACCUUGCCCGUGUUGUGCAUCCAAGCUUGUGUCCGAUGCUAAUUCUCUUGUCUCGACUCAAGCCUUCACCAAUCACCAGUGAAAGUGGAGAUGCACUGGACCCUUUCCUGUUUAUGCCAUUCAUCAGGAGAUGCUCAAUUCAAAGCAAUCUUCGGGUUCGUGUUUUUGCAUCAAGAGCUUUGACAGGAUUAGUAUCUAAUGAGAAACUUCCAGUUCUCCUGCUCAGUAUUGCCUCUGAGUUGCCUUGUAUGAAGAACACCAUGACUGUGGCUCCUUAUCCAUCCAGCUCAUUUAAUGCUUCUUUCAAUUCAAUUCAUGGAAUGCUAUUACAGUUAAGCUCUCUUCUGGAUAUCAAUUGUAGAAAUCUAGCUGAUUUCUCUAAGAAAGACAAGAUCCUCGAUGACUUGAUCCAAGUUCUUGUGUCACGAUCAUGGAUUGGUAGCCCUAGAUUGUGCCCUUGCCCCAUCCUCAAUGCCUCUUUCUUAAAGGUGCUAGAUAACAUGCUCAAUAUUGUGCGAACAUGCCAGGUAAGCAUAAGUAUUGGUGCCGUUUGGAAACUCCUUUGGGAGUUAUCUUCAGAAUGCCUAGAUUUGGAAGAUUCUCCUGGGCCAUCAUAUUAUGAUCCGACUGUAGCAGAACUUCGCAAACAAGCAGCAAUUUCAUAUUUCAAUUGUGUUUUUCAAGCUUCUAAAGAAGCAGCUGAAGAAGAUUUCCAGAUGCCAUGGGCAUGUCCUCCAACUGCACCGAAUCUGUUGAGAAUAUCUGAAAUGGAUAACUCUUUUACUAGUAGAUUUCAGGAAAGGUUGAUACUGUCCCUGUCAGAUAUAUCAUAUGAGGUUAGAAUUGCGACAUUAAAAUGGCUACUUCUAUUCCUGAAGAUGGCAAAAUCUGGUUUUGCUCACCGAGAUCAAGCUGCCUGUGAGAUUAGCUUAAUUCGCUGGGCCAAUGCUAAUCUCCAGGAGAUGUUGAUGAAACUUUUAACAUUGGAGAAGAACCAUAGAUGUACAUAUUAUAUUCUAAAAAUCCUUUUUACUUGGAACUUGCUGCAAUUUCAGAAAAUGAGCAGUCAAAAAUGCCGAGAAACAAGAUUUCUUGGGAAUAUGGAUGGUGAUUCAGUGUUCCAGUUUUGGGAUAAGCUAGUUUUCUUAUACAAGAUCACAAGACAUGCAAAAACUCAAGAAGCUCUCAUAUGCUGCAUGGGAGUAUGUGCAAAGCGGUUCACAGAUCUGUUUAUGAGCUCUGUUCUUUCUGACCUAGGGAAGAAGACAAUGAUCGAAUUCAGCCAAUCUGAUCAAUGCGAGAGAUUGCCCCACUUAUAUGAUUGCAUCAGUUAUUUUGUCAACCUAAUUGAACAACACAGUGACCCGUCAGAGCCUGUAAACAAGCGGAGAGCGGCAGCAGAAUCAAUGGUAGCUUCUGGUUUGCUGGAACAAGCUGAGCUUAUCAGUUCUUCUGUCUUCAAUAACCAAAUUCCAUCUGAAAAUCAGUGUUCUCAAUUUUUACAAACGGAUCCUGUUAAUAUGUAUGCUCAUAGAAUACUAGAUAUAUGGUUGACGUGCAUUAAGCUUCUGGAGGAUGAGGAUUUUGGGCUGAGGAGGUGGCUUGCCAUGAAUGUUCAGAAGUCUUUUACGGUGAAGAAGUCGGGGAUAAAUUUUGGGGCUGAAGUGGUUCGUAGCCAAGUGGAGAAAGUGAUUGAAUUGAGUUUUGAUCACCUUUCUUCAAUCUUUGGUCACUGGCUUGAUUACUUUGAUUAUCUUUCUCGGUGGGUUCUGACUACUGCAAACUCUCUUGUAUCGAGAGGAGAUCUUGUGAGACGGGUCUUUGACAAGGAGAUUGAUAACCAUCAUGAAGAAAAGCUGUUAAUCAGUCAAAUUUGUUGUUUCCAUUUGGAGCAAAUUUCAAUUUCAAAAUCUUGGGCUGUUGAUUUUUUUGACAAACAUGAGGCCAGAGAGUUCUUACAUAGAUGGAGAAUGAGAUUUUGCCAACAGUUGAUGUCAUUUGCCAAUGACCAUAUUAGCAAACACGGAGGAGUUGAUUGGAUUGGCGGUGUGGGUAAUCACAAGGACGCCUUUUUGCCGCUGUAUGCAAAUUUGCUUGGCUUUUAUGCUCUAUCAAACUGCAUCUUCAAUGGGGAACCUGAGAAUUGUAAGUCUUUAGUAUCUGAUGUUGUUGAACUUGGAAAGAUUAUCGGUCCAUUUCUUACAAACCCCCAAAUUUCUAAUUUGUAUUCAUUAGUAGUCAAGUUGCAUGAAAAAAUGAUCGGUGCUACNUCAAUGGGGAACCUGAGAAUUGUAAGUCUUUAG